AUGGUAGACGUCACCUCUGGGUUCAGGCUACUGUCUUUCAUGGAUGCCUACUCCGGAUACAACCAGAUUAAGAUGCACAUUGCAGAUCAAGAAUGUUCUAGCUUCACGACCAAUAAGGGGGUAUACUGCUACCUGGUUAUGCCUUUCGGAUUAAAAAAUGCUGAUGCAACAUAUCAGAGAAUGGUGAACCGAAUGUUCAAAGGCCUCCUAGGAAGAAAUAUAGAGGUUUACGUGGACGACAUGCUAGUCAAAUCCAAAGCAUGCGUGAGCCAUGCAGACGACCUCGCAGAAUGUUUUGAAGUAGUCCGGAGACAAAGGGGAAUAGAGGCAAACCCCGAAAAAAUUCAAGCUUUAUUGAACAUGCCUUCCCCCAAGAAGCACAAAGAUGUGCAAAGCUUGACCAGAAAGGUUCCUGCCUUAAGCCGAUUCAUUUCCCGAUCAACCAAUAAGUGCAUCCUUUUUUUCAACAUUUUAAAGAAAUGUCAGAAAUUUGAAUGGACUGAAGAAUGCGAGAAGGCAUUAAGGAAACUAAAAGAACACAUGGCUAAAUCGCUAAUUCUAUCAAAGCCAGUCCACGGAGAAGACUUGUUACUAUACUUGGCUAUCUCCGAGAACGCUGUCACCGCAGCCCUCGUCCGGGAAGAGGACAAAGUCCAACAUCCAGUGUAUUACGUUAGCAAGCGCGUGAUAGGGGCUGAGAUACGAUAUCCUCUGAUCGAGAAGUUAGUUUUUUGCCUCCUGAUGGCUUCAAAAAAGUUGAGAUCCUACUUUCAGGCUCACCCCAUUAAGGUACUCACGAACCACCCACUUCGACAAGUCUUACAGAAGCCGAAAGCGUCAAGAAGACUCCUCAAAUGGGCCAUGGAAUUGAGCCAGUUUGACAUACACUACGUACCGUGCAUCUCCAUAAAAGGAAUGGCUCUAGCAGACUUCAUAACAGAGUGUAAUGAAGCGAAAGCUACUUCAAGUGUGCCAUUACCGCGAACCGCGACAUGGAAGGUAUUCGUUGAUGGAGCAUCAAACGAAAAUGGAUUCGGUGCUGGGAUAGCAAUGAUAUCGCCAGAUGGACUUCGGCUCCAGUACAAAGUGGAAAGAAUUCUCAGAGAUAAGAACACUCACGCAGACUGUUUGGCUAAGUUGGCAUCGGGCAGUGAGAUAGGGAGACUGGGGGUAGUACCUGUUGAACACCUCGCGGAGCUGAGCAUCAGAAUCAAAGAUACGGGGGCUGCAAUCGAGCAAGAAUCAUGUUGCAUGGACCCUAUCAUCAGAUACAUAACAAAAGGUGAGUUGCCUCAAGAAAGGGCCCUAUCCAGAAGGCUAAAGUAUCAGGAACACCGGUAUGUGAUGAUGGAUAAUAUUCUCUAUCAAAGAGGACUUAGCAUGCCAUACUUAAGCUUGCCUCAUAAGAUAGUCUCAGGCAAUGGAAAGCAGUUUGACUGCGAAGAAUUCACCAACUUCUACAACCAGCACAGAGUCAUUAAAAGUUUCUCCGCGGUGGCAAGGCCACAAACAAAUGGACAAGCAGAAGUCGUCAAUAAAAUCCUAAAGGCCACCCUAAAGAAGAAGAUGCUGGCCUGCAAGAACAACUCGCCUGAAGAAUUGCCAAAAGUAUUAUGGGCCUACCGGACCACUCCAAGAACCACAACCGGGCACUCGGCAUUCUCAAUGGUGUACCAUUGUGAGGCUAUGGUCCCGGUGGAAUCCCUAUUCCCAUCCCACAGUAGAACGACAUACGAUCGGGUAACAAACAAGACUUUAUUACAAGAAGCACUGGAUCAAAUUGACAAGCUCCGAGAUGAGUCUUAA